AUGUACGGCUACAUCAGCGCACUUGUUCAAGGUCUAUUGUUAGGGCCAACAUGGACGGGAACUUGCAAACUGAAUUCUCCUCAAAACCCAGAAGAGGCGUCUACCUAUCGAAAAGCCUCGCUUCUUGUCAUCUUCGUCAUUUUCACGCUAGCUUUAGUUGCUACAGCCUUCAUCGUAUACAAUUUUGCCGCCUGCCCGAGAACCGAUCAGUUAGCGAACGUUACAAAAUAUGAACUAUCGCAUUGUGAUCAAAACAAACUAACAGUGAUACCUCUAAGUACUGACACCACUUAUACUGAAACAAACUUUGAAACAACAACAGCUGCUAUAGACACGACAACUGAAGAAUAUAAAGUAAUCGAUGUGCGAUUACCAAAUAGUAUUAAACCAGAUCGUUAUUCUUUGAAACUGACGCCUUAUAUAUUUGAAGGUAACUUUACGUUCGAUGGUGAAAUUAGUGUAGUGAUAACAGUGAAGAAUGAAACUAACAGAGUAACAUUUCAUGGUGUGGAACUGGACUUUCAUGAUAUCGGAUUGUUCAAGAAAGAAGAUGGUAAAGCUAUCAAGAUCAAAGGAAGAACAGAGGAUGUUGCGAGGCAGUUCCAUAUUCUUAUUACUGCGGAGCCUUUGAAAGCGGGACAGCAGUAUGUCCUGAAUAUCACAUAUACUGGCAUUUUAAAUGAUAAUCUUCAUGGUUUUUAUAGAAGCUCGUAUGAAGAGAAAAAGGAUAAAAGGUGGAUAGCUGUUACCCAGUUCCAGGCGACAGACGCACGGAGGGCGUUCCCUUGCUGGGACGAACCAGCGUUGAAAGCCAGGUUUACCAUCAGCAUCGCUCGUCCAGCCAACAUGAGUUCCGUGUCCAAUAUGAAUAUUAUUGGGCGACAACCUCAUAAAUCCCUGGAGAACUACAUUUGGGACCACUAUGCUGAAUCUUUGCCUAUGUCUACCUACUUGGUAGCGUUUGCCGUCACGGAUUUCGGGAAUAUGAGCCACGACAACUUUUCCGUCUGGGCCAGGAAGGAAGCCCUAUCGUCUGCGUCCUAUGCUUUAGACAUCGGACCACAGAUACUGAAGUUCUUAGAAGAGUACUAUAAGAUUAAGUUUCCUUUGCCCAAAAUUGAUAUGGUAGCUUUACCGGAUUUCAAGGCUGGAGCCAUGGAGAACUGGGGAUUGCUUACUUUUAGGGAAAUAGCUAUGCUGUACGACCACGGAGUGUCUCCAACUACAGCGAAGGCUAGGGUUGCAUCUGUUGUAGCUCAUGAAAUAGCUCACCAAUGGUUCGGAAACCUGGUCACACCCGCUUGGUGGUCUGAUAUUUGGUUAAAUGAGGGAUUCGCAAGUUACGUGGAGUAUGUUGCAGUUGAUGCGGUUGAAAAGACGUGGAAGUUGAUGGAAGUGUUCGUGUUAAACGAAGUUCAAAGCGUGUUCAAGCUGGAUGCUUUGACGUCGUCUCACCAGAUCUCUGUGGAAGUGGGUAACCCUGAAGAAAUCGGUGCUAUUUUCGAUAAGAUCUCGUACGGAAAAGGAUCAGCGAUUCUCCGUAUGAUGAAUCACUUUCUCACUGAUGAUGUCUUCAACGCCGGUAUAACGGACUACCUGAACGCCAAAAAAUAUGGUGACGCAGAGCAGAGGGACCUCUGGAGUGCCCUUACCAACGCUGCAAGGGAACAAGGCCAUAACGACAUUGAUGUUGCCGUGAUCAUGGACUCGUGGACGCUACAAACUGGGUUUCCAGUUUUAAAUAUCACUAGAGAUUACGAUACUGGCGCCGUUACGUUUUCACAGGAAAGAUUUAUUCUGAUAAAUGGCACGGUGGAAGAUCAGAAGCCAGUGUGGUGGAUACCGAUAUCAUACACGACUGCGUCUGAAAAAGAUUUUGCAUCCACUCAGCCAAAAUUAUGGUUAAGGGGAGAGAGAUCUGUUAUCUGUAAUAAUAUAUCUAUAAGCAAAGAUGACUGGAUUAUUGCUAAUACUCAACAAACAGGUUUCUAUCGCAUAAACUACGAUCAACGCAACUGGGAGAUGCUAAUAAAGAUUCUUAACGACCCAAAACGAUUCGAAGAGAUCCACCCGAUCAAUAGAGCCCAAAUAAUAGAUGAUGCCAUGAAUUUGGCUCUAUCUGGUCGUUUGGAUUACAGGAUAGCCCUGGAUAUAACUAGCUAUUUGACCCACGAAAGAAGUUAUGUACCAUGGAAGGCUGGUCUAGUUGCACUUGGUUAUAUUGAUUCAAUGCUGUCUAAGGGCGCUUAUUAUCUUGAAUAUCAGCGUUAUGUCUUACGCUUGCUCAGCGGCGCAGUGCAAGACCUUGGUUGGGAAGUAUCCUUGAAUGAGAGCGUCGUCCGCGCUCAGCAUCGCGUCGACCUGCUGUGGACGGCGUGUCACCUUCAACAAGUGGAUUGCUUGGAACACGCGGUCCGCAUGUACACUAACUGGAUGCUGACUCCUAACCCUGAUGCUUUUAAUGAGAUACACGCGGAUAUACGAAGUACUGUGUACUGCAUUGGUGUUCAGGCUGGUGGUGCCCGGGAAUGGAACUUCGCCUGGGACCGGUUCACCUUAGCUACUUCUCCGUCUGAAAGGGAACUUCUGCUUUCUGUGCUCGGUUGUACCAGAGCACCAUACUUGUUGUACAGAUACCUCGAACUUUCAUUGCGGAAUGACAGCGGGAUACGGAAGCAAGACACUGUGAGAGUGUUCUCAGCCGUCGCUAGUUCUUCUAUAGGAGAACCAAUUGCUUUCAACUUUGUUAGAGAUAAUUGGCAGAGGCUCAAAGAAUUUGUUGGUUCUGUGUCAACAAUGAACUCGAUAUUAAAAGUUGUUACGAGAAGAAUAAAUCAAGUCCACGAAUUUAAUGAGUUGAAAAGAUUCGUUUCAUUAUACGACAAGGAGUUGGGUCGUCCAGUUCAGCAAGUCUUGGAACGAACUGAAGCGAACGUUCAAUGGAUGCAGAGGAACUACAAGACAAUCGUGUCGUGGCUUCUAGACGCUGAAAAAGCUCGCCUUAAGAUGGCGACACUCAUCCUGAUUUUGGCACUAGCAGUAACUGCGCACGCCAUCCCGACCCCUCCAUCUACGAGAAACACUAUCUUCAUUGACGAACAACUGGAGGGACAAAUCUUUGACGCCAAAUAUUUCACUGAGAGCACAGCCACAACUGAUCCUUCUGCAUAUCGAUUACCAACUACGACGAAGCCUAUCCACUAUGACGUAUUUUGGGUUGUCGAUAUGGCUCGUCUAACAUUCUCAGGAGAUGUUACAAUACAACUUGCUGCAACUCAGGCUAAUGUGAACGAAAUAGUCCUACAUUCGAAUGAAUUAGAUAUUAGCUCUGUAGAACUAAAACUAGGCAAUACUCCCAUCGUUCAAACUUAUGAAUUAGAACCAGAAUUUCACUUUUUGAAAGUCAGCAUUAAUAAUACAGUCUUGCAGUACAAUGCAAAUAACCCUGUCGUUUAUACGUUGAAUAUCAAAUUCGGUGCUGAACUGAGAAGAGACAUGUACGGGCUUUAUAGAAGUUGGUUCAAGAAUAGCUGGAAUGAUACAGAAAGUUGGAUGGCAACAACACAAUUUCAAUCGACGAGUUCCCGGUCCGCCUUCCCCUGCUACGAUGAACCAAACUUCAAAGCAACCUUUAAAAUCACCAUUCGUCGACCGUCAGCGUAUAAAAGUUGGUCCUGCACUAGAAUUGAAAAGACCAACAUUGGAGUUAUUGCAGGUUUUGACGAUGACAUUUACUACAUAACGCCAAAAAUGUCCACCUAUCUGAUAGCUGUAAUCGUUGCUGAAUAUGACACUAAACCUCUUCGAGACGCCAACGGCACUUUGCUUUACGAAGUUAUCGCAAGACCUGGGGCCAUGUCAGUUAACCAGGGUGACUAUUCGUACGAUGUGGGCCAGAGACUUCUGUCCACCAUGAGCGAACAUACGGACUUGGACUUCUUCGAGCAGUCGCCCUAUCUAAAGAUGACGCAAGCGUCCAUUCCAGACUUUUCGGCCGGUGCUAUGGAAAACUGGGGAUUAUUAACUUACAGAGAAGCUUACUUGAUGUACGACCCCGAGCACACUCAUGACAACGCGAAGCAAAUCAUUGCAUACAUAUUGUCCCAUGAGAUAGCUCAUAUGUGGUUCGGCAACUUGGUUACCUGCGAUUGGUGGGGACACACCUGGUUGAACGAAGGCUUCGCCAGAUAUUACCAGUACUUCUUAACGCACUGGGUCGAAAAAGACAUGGGGUUCGAUGUAAGAUUCAUAGUCGAACAAGUACACACAGCAAUGAUGUCUGAUUCUGGUAAUAACCCCCAUCCCCUGUCCAAUCCCAACGUUGGCAGCCCGAGCCAAGCCAGCAGUAUGUUCUCAACCCUAACCUAUAACAAGGGGGCUGCUAUAAUAAGAAUGACAGAACAUCUCCUAGGAUUUGAAGUGCACAGACAGGGAUUGCGACAAUAUUUGGUGGAUAAUUCUUAUGGAAACGUAUUACCAAUAGAUUUAUCCCAGACUUUGCACAACGUUUCCGUUGAGGCUGGUGCGAUUUCUGAAUACCCUGGCUUCUCUGUUGUCGAAUAUUACAAGACAUGGCAUGACCAGCCAGGAGUACCUGUCAUCUAUGUUGAUGUCAAUCACAAAACUGGUGCUAUGACUAUUACUCAGCGCCGUUUCAACGUAAACACUGGAUAUGCGACUGUGAACUACAACUGGCAGAUACCGCUGUCUUUCGCCACUGCUAGCAAUCCUAACUUCAACGAAACUAAGCCGACCCACAUUAUGACUUCAACUGUAACAGUAAUCAAUCGUGGGACCACGGGCGAUGAAUGGGUUGUAUUUAACAAACAACAGACUGGUUACUAUAGAGUAAACUAUGACGAAUAUACGUGGAACUUGAUUAUCAUCGCGUUGCGUGGUGCAGACAGAACUAAAAUCGACGAAUUUAACCGAGCUCAAAUAGUGGACGACGUUUUCCAAUUCGCCCGGGCAGGAAUCAUGAGCUACACCAGAGCUCUGAACAUCCUCUCUUUCCUUGAGUAUGAAUUUGACUACGCGCCCUGGAUGGCUGCUCUGAACGGCUUCUCAUGGCUGAGGGGCCGGCUUGCUGGUACUCCGCUACUCACCAGACUGGAGAGCCUAAUGAUAAAAUGGGCGACGCCAGUAAUGAACUCCUUGGGGUACUCUCCAAAUAGUACAGAAAGCUUUAUGGACGCGUACCUUAGACGACAGAUGGCGCCAGUGAUGUGCAAUUUGGGUGUCGAGGAAUGUCUCAAUAGUGCCAACUCUCAAUUCCGCGCUCUUAUCGAUAAUUCGGUCGAGGUCCCAGUAAACAGUCGUAACUGGGUAUACUGCAAUGGCCUUCGUUCUGGAUCCUAUGGCGAUUUUUCCAAGAUGUGGCGUCGGUACAUCGAACACAAUGUUUACUCCGAAAAGAUUCAGCUUCUACAGACCUUGGGUUGCACACGACUUGAAAGCGCUUUGACUGAAUUACUAACAUCUCUCGUGAAAGAAAACUUCGAGAUUCGUCCGCAAGAUUACUCCACCACCUUUAACACAGCACUCACAGGAAACGAAGGAAAUACUCAACUUGUUUUUAACUUUAUCAAGAGCAACUUAGUAGAUGUAGAGAAGGCUUUCGGUUCGGUAUCAUCUCCCCUUUCAAGUGUAGCGUCUAGACUUAGAACAACAGAGGAUAUUGACGCGUUCCAAUUGUGGUUGAACCAAACUCAAACAAACUUGGGUGACGCUUAUUCUACCCUUUACCGUGCAGCUGAGUCUUCACGCGAAAGUCUUUCGUUCGCUCAGGAAAUUCAAAAUGAUCUUGACAAUUACUUAGUGAACGGUGACGAAAAUUUAAGUCCAUCUACCCCAUCACCAGUGACUCCCAGUGAAGGUUCGACAGUAGAUAAGCCUGGUAUCACAGCCCCACCAACGCCAGAUUUACCGGGAUCAGCUAUGACAGCUAUGCUGUCAUUAAUAGUUGUCACGUUCGCUGCGGCCACCAAUAUUGUUCUAUAG